GCCUACUAAUAAGUAACAAGAGAGAGCUUUGAUAAAUAGAUACAUAAUAGUCCACAAACCACCAGACUUUCAAAGCCUUUGAUACACAAUAGAGGCUUCUUUAAACAAAAGCCCAAAACAAGGCCCAUAAAGCCCAUUAUGGAUUACUUUUUCUUUUCCACUGUCUCACUGUGCACAUCCAUUACUCCAUCUGUUGCUUCUCUUCCUCCUAGAUUUGCAGCCAAUCAUAGAAGAAGACACUACGAACUACAAAAGAGAUCUCUCUCGAUGGGUAAAGCAAGAGGAGUGAACAACGGUGUUAACCAAAGCUCUCUCGAUUACCUCUUUGGUUCCGGCGAGUCUCCUUCCGCCGUUGCGGCAACAAUGGGGACCACAACGACGACAACAACCACAACUACCACAGACGGAACCGGAGGGAGACCGGUGACGACCACGACGACCACGGUCACUGAGAAUAAGAAGAUACCUGCAGGUGUUAGAGGAAGUCCUAAUAACUACUUCAGAUCAGAAGGCCAAAACUGUGGCAACUUCCUCACGGAGAGGCCGUCUACUAAGGUUCAUGCUGCUCCUGGUGGAGGAUCUUCUCUUGGCUAUCUCUUUGGUGGACCAAGUGCUUCUGCUGAUUCUGCAAAGAAAUGAAGUUUGCUUUGUUUGGCUUUUUCCGAUUUGUAAAUCAUCAAAAAAUGUGUGGCUAUAUCAUCCCUCCAUCAAUUAAAAACAUUGUGUGAUUCAUUGCGAUGGAGGGUAAUGUAUGAGUUUGAUCUGUUCUUGUGUGCUUGUAGACCAUCUUAAAACGUUGUGUUUAUUUUUCUAAGA